UCCGGCUUGGGUCGCCGCGAAGACGACUGCGCAGACGUAGCUGGAGCCCACGAGGGACAGCCAGUGGCGGUCUGGGUUUUCUGGACUCUGCUUUUCUGGUAAAGGAGCCCAGAGGACUGAUCAGCUCUUGCAGGUCUAAAACCAUGGCCCAUGGAUCACUGACAUUCAGUGAUGUGGCCAUAGGCUUCUCUCAGCAGGAGUGGGAAUGUCUUGACCUCAUUCAGAAGACUUUGUACCGGGAUGUGAUGAUGGAGAACUAUGGUAACUUGGUCUCACUGGCAGGCCAUUCCAUUUCUAAGCCAAAUGUAAUUACCUUACUGGAGCAAGGAAAAGAACCCUGGAUGGUUAUGAGAGAAGAAACAAGAAGUUGGUGUACAGAUUUGGACUCAAGAUAUGAAAUAAUCAGCAAUGGAAAAACAUACAUUUAUAGAAAACGUUCAUCUCUUACUCUACAUCACAGAAUUGAUAAUGGAGAGAAACCAUAUGAAUGUAAGGAAUGUGGGAAGGCCUUUAGUCGUCAUACAGACCUAAGAGUACAUCAAAUAAUUCAUACUGGUGAGAAACCGUAUGAAUGUAGGGAAUGUGGCAAGGCCUUUAGUCGUCUUACAGACUUUAAAGUACAUAAGAGAAUUCAUACUGGUGAGAAACCCUAUGAAUGUGAAGAAUGUGGGAAGGCCUUUAGUCGUGCCUCAAACCUUGCUCAACAUGGAAGAGUUCAUACUGAGAAACCCUAUGAAUGUAAGGAGUGUGGAAAGACUUUUAGGAGUAGCCAUCAACUUACUAUACACCACAGAUUUCAUACUGGUGAGAAACCCUAUGAAUGUAAGGCAUGUGGGAAGGCGUUUAGUGUGUAUGGACGCCUUACUCGACAUCAGAGUAUUCACAGUGGUGAGAAACCUUUUGAGUGUAACAAAUGCGGGAAGUCCUUUAGGCUCAGUUCAAGCCUUAAAGUACAUCAGAGUAUUCAUACUGGUGAAAAACCCUUUGAAUGCCACAAAUGCGGGAAGUCCUUUAGACAAUAUUCAUCUCUUACUCUACAUCAGAGAAUUCAUACUGGUGAGAAACCUUAUGAAUGUAAGCAGUGUGGAAAGGCCUUUAAUCAUGCAUCCAACUUUCUGCGACAUCAGAGAAUUCAUACUGGUGGAAAACCCUGUAAAUGUGAGGAAUGUGGAAUGACUUUUAGUCAUAGGAUAGAACUUAGAGUUAUCAGAGAAUAUACUGGGGAGAAACCCUAUGAAUGUGAAGAAUGUGGGAAGGCCUUUAGUUGUGCCGUACAUCUUACUCAACAUGGCAGAGUUCAUACUGGUGAGAAAUCCUAUGUAUGUAAUGAAUGUGGAAAGGCCUUUAGUCAAGGUAGAAGAAUUAGAAUACAUCAGAGAAUUCAUACUGGUGAGAAACCCUAUGAAUGUAAGGAAUGUGAGAAGGCCUUUAGUCAAGCCUCUCAUGUUGUGCAACAUGGUAGAGUUCAAGGUGAAAAACCUUAUGAAUGCCAUGAAUGUGGGAUGAUCUUUAGUCAUGGUAUAGAUCUUAGAGUAUAUCAUAGAAUGCAUACUGGCAAGAAACCCUUGUAACAAACAAGGGUUUGUUACAAGGGUUUCAAAUGUAAGGAAUGUGGGAAGGCCUUUAGUCAUGCCUCAAAUCUUGUUCAACAUGAGAGAAUUCAUUCUGGGGAGAAGCCCUAUAAAUGUAAGGAAUGUGGGAUGACAUUUAGUUCUGGCUAUCAACUCAUUCCACAUCAGCGAAUACAUAUUGUCGUGAAACCCUAUGAAUGUAAUGAAUGUGGGAAGGCCUUUAGUCAUGCUUCAGCACUUAUUCAACAUGAGAGAAUUCAUACUGGUGAGAAACCCUAUAAGUGUAAAGAAUGUGGGAAGGCCUUUAUUCAUGGUGGAAGCCUAAGAAUGCAUCAGAGAAUUCAUACUGGUGAGAAAACUUAUGAAUGUAAAAACUGUGGGAAGGCCUUUAGUCGCACCUCAAACCUUGACAGGCAUGAGAGAAUUCGUACUGGUGAGAAACCAUGUGAGUAUAAAGAAUGUUGGAAGGCCUUUAGUCAUGUUGAAAGCCUUAAAAUACAUCAUAGAAUUCACACUGGUGAGAAACCCUAUGAAUGUAAGGCAUGUGGGAAGGCCUUUAGUGUGUAUGGAUGACUUACUGGACAUCAGAGUAUUCACAGUGGUGAGAGACCUUCUGAAUGUAACAAAUGCAGUAAGUCUUUUAGGCUUAGUUCAGGCCUUAAAGUACAUCAGAAAAUUCAUACUGGAAAGAAAACUUAUGAAUUUAAGGACUGUACCCCCAAACUCUCUUGA